AUGGGUUCCGUCGUCCUCCCCCAUCUCGUCAGCGGCUGGCACGUCGACCAAGCCAUCCUCAGCGAAGAAGAACGUCUCGUGGUGAUCCGCUUCGGCCGUGAUUGGGACCCCGACUGCAUGCGGCAGGACGAGAUGCUCUACCGGAUCGCCGACCGUGUGAAGAACUUCGCGGUGAUCUACCUCUGCGACAUCGACCAGGUGCCGGACUUCAGCAACAUGUACGAGCUGUACGACCCGAUGACGAUCAUGUUCUUCUGGCGGAACAAGCACAUGAUGUGUGAUUUUGGGACAGGGAAUAAUAAUAAGUUGAAUUGGGUGCUAGAGGAUAAGCAGGAGUUGAUCGAUAUCAUCGAGACGAUUUAUCGAGGGGCGAAGAAGGGGAGAGGUUUGGUAGUUAGUCCGAAGGACUAUUCCACACGAUAUAGAUACUAG